AUGUCACAACCUAAGGCAAAGAAAUCUAUGGCAAAAACUGCUAAAAUUGCCUUUUUCGGGCAAAAAACAACGCACACCGAAUCGGCGCUGCCCGCGCUCCAAGAUGGCGGCGAGGACACGGAUGUGGAAGCCGUCUACCAAGCUACAGAGGGACCUCGUCUGCAGGACUGCCUCACGAAAAGCCACUUCGAAAAGGCCAUGGACACUAUGUCUAACACCCUGAUCACUACCUGGAAAGCAACAGCAGACCAAAUAAG